UUACAAAAUUGUCCAUGAUUGAUGAUUUUUCUUAGUAGGAUGUUCUCUUUUGUUUUAUAUAUCUUUUCUGAUUUGGUUUACUGUUUUAUAGUUGCUGGCAAGGAUUUUGAAGGAGACAAAGAAUUUUAUAGCAAUGAAGAAUGGCAAGAAAGAGUAGAGAAAUGGAAAGUAAGGCAAGAGAAGAAAGGUUUGCUAAACAAAGAGGAAGAAAAAGAACAAGUUGAAGAUGAUGAUUACCUUUUGGCGGAAGCGAGGCAACCACUAUGGCGCAAGGUUCCAAUAGCUUCAAGCCUAAUCAACCCAUAUCGCAUAGUGAUUGUGAUGAGGCUGGUGAUCCUAGCAUUCUUUUUCAGAUUUCGGAUCUUAACUCCGGCCUAUGAUGCAUAUCCCUUGUGGCUUAUCUCUGUGAUAUGUGAGAUAUGGUUUGCAAUGUCAUGGAUCCUUGAUCAGUUCCCAAAGUGGUUCCCAAUCACACGCGAGACUUACUUGGACCGGUUGUCCAUAAGGUUCGAGCGGGAAGGGGAGCCAAACCAACUGUGCCCUGUUGAUGUGUUUGUGAGUACUGUGGAUCCUCUGAAGGAGCCACCAAUCAUAACAGCAAACACUGUUCUUUCAAUCCUCUCUGUUGACUAUCCUGUUGAGAAGGUGUGCUGCUAUGUCUCGGACGAUGGUGCUUCCAUGCUCCUCUUUGAUUCGUUGGCCGAAACUGCCGAGUUUGCAAGAAGAUGGGUUCCAUUCUGCAAAAAGUAUAAGAUCGAGCCAAGGGCUCCUGAGUUCUAUUUCUCUGAGAAGAUUGAUUACUUGAAGGACAAGGUUCAGCCUACAUUCGUUAAGGAGCGAAGAGCCAUGAAGAGAGAAUAUGAAGAAUUCAAAGUGAAAAUCAAUGCCUUGGUGGCAAAGGCUCAGAAGAAACCAGAAGAUGGAUGGGUGAUGCAAGAUGGAACUCCAUGGCCGGGAAACAACACUCGCGAUCAUCCGGGAAUGAUUCAGGUAUAUUUGGGUAGUGCUGGUGCACUAGACGUGGAAGGCAAGGAACUGCCACGACUCGUGUAUAUUUCGCGUGAGAAACGGCCUGGCUAUCCACACCACAAGAAAGCUGGUGCCAUGAAUGCUUUGGUUCGAGUUUCUGCUGUUCUUACAAAUGCACCUUUCAUGCUGAAUCUGGAUUGUGAUCACUACAUCAAUAAUAGCAAGGCUUUAAGAGAGGCUAUGUGCUUCUUAAUGGACCCCCAGCUUGGGAAGAAGCUCUGUUAUGUCCAAUUUCCACAAAGAUUCGAUGGUAUUGAUCGCCAUGAUAGAUAUGCUAAUCGAAACACUGUGUUCUUUGAUAUCAAUAUGAAAGGACUAGAUGGGAUUCAAGGUCCGGUUUAUGUUGGUACUGGAACUGUGUUCAACAGGCAAGCAUUGUACGGCUAUGAUCCACCGGUAUCCGAGAAGAGGCCCAAGAUGACUUGUGACUGUUGGCCAUCAUGGUGUUGCUUUUGUUGCGGUGGUUCCAGGAAAUCCAAGUCAAAAAAGAAAUCAGGAGCAGGAAGUGGUCUCUUAGGUGCAUUAUACAACAACAAGAAGAAGAAAAUGAUGGGAAAAAAUUAUGUUAGAAAGGGUUCUGGCUCCAUGUUUGAUCUUGAAGAGAUUGAAGAAGGUCUUGAAGGCUAUGAGGAGCUAGAGAAGUCAUCUCUCAUGUCACAGAAAAACUUUGAGAAGCGAUUCGGGCAAUCGCCGGUUUUCAUUGCUUCCACUUUGAUGGAGAAUGGAGGACUACCUGAAGGCACCAAUUCUCAAGCAUUGGUUAAGGAGGCCAUUCAUGUUAUAAGCUGUGGCUAUGAAGAGAAGACUGAUUGGGGCAAAGAGAUUGGAUGGAUUUAUGGGUCAGUGACAGAAGAUAUUUUGACUGGAUUCAAGAUGCACUGUAGAGGAUGGAAAUCAGUGUAUUGCAUGCCAAAGAGGGCAGCUUUCAAGGGAUCUGCACCAAUAAAUCUAUCAGAUAGGUUGCACCAAGUUCUGAGGUGGGCUCUUGGUUCAGUUGAGAUUUGCCUAAGUCGCCAUUGUCCAUUAUGGUAUGGCUAUGGAGGAAAGUUGAAGUACCUAGAGAGGUUGGCUUACACUAACACCAUUGUUUAUCCAUUCACUUCCAUUCCUUUGCUUGCAUAUUGCACAAUACCAGCUGUUUGUCUCUUGACCGGGAAAUUCAUCAUCCCCACUCUGACCAACCUUGCUAGUGUAUGGUUCAUGGCCCUAUUUAUCUCCAUCAUCUUAACCGGUGUCCUCGAGCUCCGGUGGAGUGGCGUUACCAUAGAAGACUGGUGGCGAAACGAGCAAUUCUGGGUGAUCGGAGGCGUAUCGGCCCACCUUUUCGCCGUAUUCCAAGGACUUCUGAAAGUCCUUGCCGGAGUAGACACCAACUUCACUGUCACAGCAAAAGCAGCAGACGAUACAGAAUUCGGAGAGCUGUAUAUGUUCAAAUGGACAACACUUCUCAUCCCACCAACCACUCUCAUAAUCUUGAACAUUGUUGGAGUUGUAGCUGGUGUGUCUGAUGCAAUCAACAAUGGAUAUGGAUCAUGGGGUCCCUUGUUUGGGAAGCUAUUCUUUGCAUUUUGGGUCAUUGUUCACUUAUAUCCUUUCCUUAAAGGUCUCAUGGGGAAACAAAACAGAACUCCUACUAUUGUGGUUCUUUGGUCAAUUCUUUUGGCUUCUAUUUUCUCAUUGAUUUGGGUUAGGAUUGAUCCUUUCUUGCCAAAGCAAACAGGUCCAAUACUCAAACAAUGUGGUGUAGAAUGCUAAUAAUAAGGCUGCAUAUGUUUUCUUUUACUAGUGCUUCCAAAAGCCAUUUCAUGAGUAAUGCAUGGAACUUUUUGUAAUAAUAAUGUUUCUAUUUUGUUACUGAUUUUUUUUUGUUUGAAAUUCUGGGGAAGUGUUAUCUGUGUAUAUACUACUGUAUAGGGUUAUGCAUGGUUGGAAUAUGUACAAUUGAAUCUGUUGUUUCAGAGAUUGUCACUGAUAUGGAAAAAACUGAAGAUUUUUUCGGGUACUUAAUAAUUUCUAUCUAA